UUAUUUAUUUAUUUAUUCUUUUUUUUUUGGAUAUAUUAUAAAAAUGAAUUUAAUAAUUCAAUUCAUUUCACUUGGAAUAAUUUUUUUCAUCGCAUCAAAAUUACUGCGACGAAAUCAAGAACUAAAAUUAAAUGAACCACCUCUUGUACCUUAUAAAUUACCAAUAAUUGGACAUACAUUUGAUUUUUAUAGAAAUACAGAGAAAUUUCUUGCCAAGUGUGCUGAAGAAUAUGGAGAAACAUUUUCAUUAUAUAUAUUUGGUAAAAUUGAAACAUUUGUUGGUAGUAGACUUUCACCCGAAGUCUUUAAGAGUGAUAAAGAUUUCAAUUUUGACAUCGCAUUCAAAGAAAAAUUUCCUCUGGAAGCAUUUAUGGAUCGCGCGGAUAAAUAUUUUGCACCUUUACCUAGAAUAAUAUUUACUUAUUUAUCACAACAAUUACCAUCAUAUACUGAAAGAGUUCAGAGAACGCUCACGAAGGCUAUUAAAGAACAAAUUGGUGAUGGAACUGUUUUACAACCACCUUUGAAAACUUUCCAAUUAAUAAUCGCAAGACCGAUCGCUGCAUCUUUGCUUGGAGAAGAACUCUCUGAAGAUAAAGAAUUAGUUAAUACGGUCGCUUACGCUUCAAGUGAUUUUAUUCCAUUUUUAUCAAUUCCACCUUUCCUGGAUUUUAUUUAUCCAUUGCUACACCAAAAAUUUAUGAUAUUAUUGUUUAAACUUUUCACUAAUCCAUUUAAAGUGCAUAGAGAAGUGAUUAAGCGAAAGCUUACACCAGUGCUUGAAAAAAGACUAAAUGACAUGAAAAGAGAUGGAGAAUCUUAUGUUCCUCCAGUUGAUAUAUUACAAAAAUUAAUUGAAUUGGUCAUAGAAGAUGAUUACAAAGCUGAUAUUGAUAUAAUAACUGAUUAUGUUAUUACCGCUAUAUUUGCUGCUACACAUACAACUUCAACUUUUCUCACUAAUGCUACACAUAAAUAUGCAAAUCAUCCAGAAAUUCAAAAGGAAUUAUUAGAAGAACAAGAACGAUUACUUGAAAACAAAUCUGGACCUUAUUAUACUUCAGAACAAAUAGAUUCGUUGGUUAAAUUGGAUAGUUUCUUUAAGGAAACUUUAAGGAUGACCACAAGUAUAGUUUUUUUUGAACAUAAAGCACUCAACCCUUACACUUUCUCAAGUGGCCAUCAAGUUCCAAAAGGUCGACACGUUACCACUCGAUUACAAGAAGUUCAUCGUGAAGAAGAAUCUCAAGGUGAAAAUCCAAAUGAAUUCAACUUUUUACGUCAUGUAGGAGCACCUGCACCUCGCGUUGAAAAAAAUUUUCUGGCCUUUAGUUUUGGUAAACAUGCAUGUCCCGGACGUUAUUUUGCAACUAGCGAAAUUAAAACUGCUUUACAUUAUUUAUUAUUAAAUUACAACAUUAAAACUGUUAAUGAUGAAAUAGCUAUACCUCAAAUUAAGGGCCCUUAUAGAUUUUCUAGUGAUGUGGGUAUAGUAUUUGAAAAAAGAAAAGAUAUUUAAUUUUUGUAAUUAG